UGCACGAGCGCCUCUGCAGAACAACCGAGUGUGUGAGUGUGUGUGGAGUCUGUGUCAUGUGCUGUUUAAAUUGUGGAAUAAAUUCAAGGUAAAUCGAUUUAAAGUUUACUUGUCCGUUUCUUUUUAGAGUUUAUUUAUAGAUAGCCUACAUUCUUUAUAUAGAAAGCAGUUAGUGAUGCUUUGAACAGUCCUCAUCAUGUCGCAUGCCGAAGUGGAAAUCCCUGGACGUGGUUUUCCAGGUUUACCUGUUGAAUUAGAGGACGACUGUCUCUCCAGAGUGCCAAUGCUGCGGACGCACUCCCUGAGCGCGAGACGCAACUCAUACGUGCUUCAUAAACUCAGUGUGGAUAUUGACGCAAAAAUAUACAACGAGACGCUCUCCAAGGCUCUUUCGUGGUCUGCUGAAAACGUAUUAAUAUCAGAGAGAAGGACAGAGGACGAUAAAACAGAUCCAAGUUCGCCAUCUCCAGUGUCCAGCCCAGAGGCUUCAACCCCAAACCCCAGUUCAGCACCACCAGAGGACUGGAGAAGCUCUGUCCCGGACCCCAGUGCCCAGGACGCCAGUUCAGAUUCGGACAAUGAGGUGUCCAAGGUCGAGCAGGUGGCUGCACGCCGCCCGUUUGUAAGCAGACUGGAACAGGAUGAGAAAGAGGACAUUGAGACCAAAGCUGUGGCCACCUCGCCGGACGGAAGAUAUCUCAAGUUCAACAUUGAAAUAGGGAGAGGGUCAUUCAAGACGGUCUACAAGGGUCUGGACACGGAGACCACAGUGGAGGUGGCAUGGUGCGAGUUACAGACUCGCAAACUGACCAAAGUGGAGCGGCAGCGCUUCAGCGAGGAGGUUGAAAUGCUAAAGGGUCUUCAGCAUCCGAACAUUGUGCGCUUUUAUGACUCCUGGAAGUCCACUGUGAAAGGUCACAAAUGUAUACUGCUGGUCACUGAGCUCAUGACCUCUGGCACUCUCAAAACGUAUCUAAAGCGUUUUAAGGAGAUGAAACUAAAACUUCUCCAGAGGUGGAGUCGUCAGAUCCUAAAAGGACUUCACUUCCUGCACACUCGCGCCCCUCCCAUCAUCCAUAGGGACUUGAAGUGCGACAAUAUCUUUAUCACAGGUCCUACAGGAAGUGUGAAAAUCGGGGACCUUGGAUUGGCUACUCUUAAGAGAGCAAGUUUUGCAAAGAGUGUAAUAGGAACGCCAGAGUUUAUGGCUCCAGAAAUGUAUGAGGAGAAGUACGACGAGGCGGUGGAUGUCUAUGCAUUUGGCAUGUGCAUCUUGGAGAUGACCACAUCCGAAUACCCAUACUCAGAGUGCCAAAAUGCAGCCCAGAUCUACCGCAAAGUUACCAGCGGUAUAAAGCCAGACAGUUUCUACAAGGUGAAAGUUCCUGAGUUAAAGGAAAUCAUUGAAGGCUGCAUCCGCAUGAACAAAGAUGAAAGGUAUACCAUUCAAGACUUGCUGGAGCACACAUUCUUCCUAGAGCACAACGGCGUUCAUGUUGAAUUGGCUGAGGAAGAUGAUAUGGUAAAAUCCAGCCUGAAGCUCUGGCUCCGCAUGGACGACACCAAGAAGCUCCAUGGAAAGUAUAAGGACAACAACGCCAUCGAGUUCCUGUUUGAACUCUACAAAGAUGUGCCAGAGGAAGUUGCACAAGAGAUGGUGAUUCUUGGAUUUGUUUGUGAGGCCGACUACAAGCUUGUUGCCAAGGCAAUGCGAGAUCGCGUGACGGCAAUCAAGCGCCAACGUGAGAAACAUCGGCGGCUGGCAGAUGAGCAGCAACAGAAGCAGAAACAGGAAACGACUGAGGAAGAGCCUGAGCCACCCUCGCCCAAAUCCAAUGGUCAAAUGCUGGAGAACCCCGCCCCUUCCCCUGUGCAGGUCCUGCCCUCUCCUCUAAUCCUGAAACCCAUGUGCUCUCCUGUUAUUGGUUCAACGGAUUCUGGGAUUAACGGGACCUUCCCUCCAGAGCCAGAGGAACCAGAGGCCGAUCAGCACUUCCACAUCCGUCAUACAAGCUGCUCCUCAACAUCCUCUGACUGUGAGACUGAUGAAUAUCUCAGCCCUUCUGGUUUACAGGAUGGCACUGAGGUUUCAAAUGGCAACGUCAACAGCUCUCCAAGCCUCUGCACCCUACAGGUCACACCCACAGAGGCCACGCCCAUUUCCACCCCACCAAUCCCGGCUCUACGUUUCCCCUCAAGUAUUGCUGUCGCUACUGAAACUAAGAGAGGGAUAUCCGGACUGCCUAGCCCUUUCUCCUCACCUGUGGACAGCUAUGCUUCAGAUGUGGCAUCAGGCUUGAGUGAUGGCUACGAGGGCCAAUCAGAGAGAAGGAGUAAGUCAGCUGCAAAACGGACAGCGGGGAAACUGUUUAGGAGGAGAGCUUGGUCCCGCCUACGCAUCACAGGACUGUCAGAUAAUGUAGACCGGGUGGUUGAGUGUCAGCUCCAGACCCAUAACGAUAAGAUGGUCACCUUCAAAUUUGAUCUUGAUGGCGACAACCCUGAAGACAUUGCUGCAGUCAUGGUGCAUAAUGAGUUCAUCUUGCCCUCAGAGAAGGAGGGUUUCAUUCAUCGCAUUGGUGACAUCAUAAAACGGGCAGAGUCUCUAAUGAGGAAAGAUUCAUCUGGUCAUCAUGAAAGUAAUGGCGUCGCUCGUCCCUCUUACAAUAAUGCCGUCAACUCCCUCUCUGGAACCCAGCUAAACCUCCACAGCAGUCUGGCACGAACCCAUUCCUCUUCCUCGCUACCAGCAGAGUUUGGUCUGGGUGCUGGAGCCUCCCCUCCAGAAUUGAAUGGAGACAUUACCUCACCCGCACGCCCACUCUUACGUUCACAGUCUUUCCAUAAUGCCACAGGUUCUCCUCAUCCCCAUCAUGUCCCUUCAGUCUACACUCCUGAUCCCAGAAUGCCUCAUUCCAAACUACCUCACGUUCAACAGUAUAUGCCCUCAUAUAUAAACAAUCCCACCCACUUCCCCUUCCCAUACCCACCUCAAUCAGCCUCCCCCAAACCCACCCAUGCCCCUUUAUCCCGUAUUCACAGCAAUACUUCCUUUUCCCUCUCCUCCCCUGCAUCCACCCCUGGCUCCCCCAGCCCCCACAGCUCAGAUGUCUCAAGCCCCAUAUCUGACGUCAACCUGUUAUCGCCUCCUCAGACACCUGCUCAGACACCUGUUAUGUGGCCACCCCACACCCAACCUUUAUUUUCCCUGGCUAAUGUGUUGUCUAUGGCCAUGAGCAUGGCACAUUCCUUUAUCCCUGUCCCGAGCCUUGCACAAGCCAUACCAUCCAUGGUACAGCCCAUGCCAGGCUACCAACCUCAGCUGUCCCACCACAUACCUACUCAACCGGGUUAUCCCGCUAUGUAUGUGCCCCAAUAUACCCCAUCUGUAUCCGGGGAGGCGGCGUACACCCCAGGGAUGGAGGAGUAUUACCGAACCAUGGAUUCCCACUUUGGGAUCCAAGACACUGUGAUGUCACCACCUUCCCAAGCUACUCCUACGUCAACUUCACCCAGUAACAUUCCUAUAUCCACCCAGCAGACAGCCUCUACUGUUUCUCAGGAGGGCAUGCUGAGAAGCUCUCAUCUAUAUGCACAAGAAUUCUCCAAGGAAUAUUCUCUGCCUCAUGGGUACAGACCUGCUUUCCCCAGGCACUCGCUGGACCAGUGGACCAACUCCGGUUCUUCAUCUGGGCUGUCAUCUUCUCCUCGAGCAAGCCCAGAAUGCAGAGUGUUGUCAUCCAGUCCUAGAUCAUUAUCCCCCCUGGCAGCACCAGAGAGCAACAGAGGGGCUCAGUGCCAAGAAAUCUCUUCAGAAUCUGAGCCCAAAUCGACUGUGACUGUGGGCCGUUUUCAGGUGUCACCGAGUAAAGAGAUUCCCACUACAGCCACACAUACAAAAAGUGAAAAUACACCCGUAAAAGCAUCGACCACACCAGUCGCAACACCAGACCAUAUCAUCAGAUCACCCGAUCAGCCUGUGUCCUCUUUUUUAGCUCAUAAGCAAAACCCCUCAGUGGAAAACAGUCAGAAGCUCUACCUUCUCCCUUCCUGUGACACUCUGCAUGAUUCUUCGAGUUCUGCUGACCAGAGCAUUCGAAAAGAGGACCAAAAAGCACAGAUGGAUGAGCAAGAACAAAUUGAGGAUGAUAACGAUGAGAUCCCAUUGGAUAAGAAGCACAGGAGGAAGAAGGGACGCAGAGCAGAUUGUGGUCCAGGUCUCAUGGGGACAUCAGUGGACAGUGGGUUUUCUGUGGCUUUGGACACUGAGGGGAGGCUGUGGGAUGGCAACACGGGCAGCCCUCCGUAUCCUACUCCUCUUCAUAACCUCUGGAUGAGCUACACACGGAGCUCCUCCUACCUGAGCAGCGACGUAUCAGAGAGCGAAGAUGAUGAGAUAUGGGGGGAGCUACAGGAGCUGAGGGAAAAGCAUCUCAGUGAGGUGCAAACUCUGCAGACAGUACAGAAACGAGAGAUAGAGGAACUGUAUGCCAAGAUGGGGAAGGUUCCUCCUCCUUGCAUUGUGUCUCCAGCCGCUAUGCUGUCUAGCCGCCAGCGCCGACUGUCUAAAGGAGGAAACUUCCCUUCAUCACGCCGAAACAGCCUGCAGAGAGUGGACAUUCUCCCUUUAACAGGAAUCAUGAGAAAAAAUUCCUUGAGUGGCAACAGCAGCAGCAGCAGUUCCCAGUAAGAACCCUUAGCUGGAUACAUUGGCGGGACUUCGUCAGACUACCUCAUUCAUUUGUGACUGCUCUUACUCCACCUGCUAGAAGCAGAAAAAUCUUUGGACAACCAGCCACAGAGAAAUAGAGACUCACUAUCCUGAUCUAAAGCCUACAGUGGUCACCCGGUCCUCCGCUCACUGGAUCAAGCCACAGCCACUGCCCCUCUUGCAUCCAUCAGCCCUCGUAAUGAACUGCUCUACUGUGUUGAGAGCCUCAUUAAACACAGUACAGCCAGUGCCCAGUGCAGAUUUAACAUCUGAGGCAAUCAGAUACUGAUGUAGAUUAAAUCUUCUCACAGGCUGAACUGGAAGAACAAAGAGAAAAGAUUUUACAGUUUGUAACAUCUGAUGUACAGUGUCUUAGUAUAAGAACUAAGAAGCAUUCUCUAAAUAUUAAUUACUGUGUGAUUUCCGCCUUUGGUGACAUGUUUUCUACAUACUGAUGCUAGCAUAAAUGCCUCAGGAGCCGUUCACAUAGGAUGCGUUCAGAAACAGCUAGAUGGAGCAAAAAAGAAAAUCUGUCUAGAAUGCAAGGACGUAUUCUGUGUGAAUGACCCCUUUGUCUGCUUAAUUUUGUGAAUAACCAAUCAUUUGGCAGAACUCUGCUGUUACACGAUGCUGUUGCUAUGGAAAAGUUAGUGAUGUGACAUUGUGUGAUGUCUCCGUUUGAUCUCUCUAAUGGCUCAGGACUGACUAUGAUUCUCAACUGUCUCUUUUGCACUUUCUAAAAAUGAACUUAAGGAAACAAACUGCUGAACAGGUGCACCUGAAACAACAGUCCACUUCUGGACAUUAGUUGUCCUGCUGUCUGUCUUCUACUGCCUGUGUUUGCGCUGUACACAAAAGUGUCUUUGCGAUGUGAACCAACAAAGUAAUCACAGCAAUCACCAUUUUUGUUUUCUACUUGACUUUUACUAUUACUUGUACAGUAUAAUUGACUUUUUUCAAAUCAGAGCCUCUUGGGGUCUCUUUUACGACCAUAGUUAUAAUGUGAACAAAUAACAAUGGUGUAUGAAACAAUAUUUAUAUAGAUUGAGGGUGGAUUGGUUAAAUGUUAUUUUUGAAUUGUGUUAUUGAUUUAUGCCAGCUUUGACAUUUCUAUCUGUUUAGAUACAGUGCCUCUUUGACUUUAAAGUGGCAACUGUUUUCAAUGCAAUGCCUAUGCUUAUUUACAUAUAUAUAUAUUUUUUAUGUUGUUUAUCAGUUUCACUAUGUAUUGAGCAAUGCAAGUUUCAACCAUAGAUCAGAUUAAAGACAAAUGUAAAAAUGUACGCACACUGCACUUUGGCAUAUGGCUCAAAGUUUCAUUGGGAUGGUCAGUCAAUGAAAGUACGGUUCAAGUCAUGAUGAAUUGACUAUUAAUAUUCACAGAGGGCAGUCCAUUAAAGUGUGUUCUUUAUUUCAGCGUCUUCAAUUAUACUCACCAAGUCGAUCCCAAAGAAAUGUUUUAUGCUUUAAAUUUUUGCUUUACAAUGUACAUAUGUGUGGUAGGGGUUGAGGCCAGUCGCGCCACCCUUUACAUGGCGCCCCUGUGCGUUGCAUACCUUGCAUAUAUGGUUUUUGCGCCUCUAUACAUAUGGUAAAAUCACUGUCGAUUUUCGGAUUCACUUAUAUGACAUUUC